CCCCACUACUAAUGUCUUCUGCAUCACUGCGGCCCUUUAGGCCAUCUUGCGAAUCCGCAAAUGACUAAUCUAUCGCGUCUUCGUCACCUAAGCCUUGGUAGAUCAUCUUUACACCCAACGGGCUUAUUAUUCUGUAUAUUCAGUGUUCUUUACCUCCUCUCAAUUAGCUAUUAUCGUUCAACAAGCUAUCGCGAUCCUACAUCCUUUUUCGACCCAAAUCGUGCCUACGAGCAGCGCUACUCCGCCCACCGAAUCCACGAAGCGAAGUCUUUUCUCAGCAGGGCUAGCGAUUUUCCCUCCCGCGCAAAGCCACUCAGUAACGAUCAGGCUACGAUUUGCGUAGGGAUAGUAACGGUUCGCCGAAGAAGAGAACAGUAUGUAGGGUUGACAAUCGCCUCCCUUCUGGAGGGUCUUACCGAAUCGGAACGAGACACUAUAUUCCUUGAUCUGCUCAUUGCACAUACUGAUCCCUCUACCCAUCCGAUCUUCUCGGAGAAGUGGGUAGAAGUCCUACCCGACCGCGUCCUUCUGUACCCGAAAGAGGAUGACCUCGAUUACGAGCAAAUCCGCGAAUGGGAGGAGGGAGGAUGGUAUCGCAACAAGACCAUCUACGACUUUACGCAUUUGAUGAAGGAUUGCUAUGAUACUGGUGCAGAUUAUGUCGCUAUGCGCAGCAUAGCAGGGCAAGACUGGGUCUAUCUUCGCCUCUUCUAUGUUGAUGACCUGCUUGGUUGGAACUCGGAGGAGUGGCCGAGAUAUCUUGCAUUGUCUUUUGUUGUCUGGGCAGCCGCAACGGGGUUCGUGGUGUUCAUAAAGAGAAGGUUUUUCAAAACAGCAUCCGCGAUCCAUGAGAUGAACAAAUAUGGAUGCUGUUCACAGGGCCUGAUCUUUCCGCGUUCGAUAGUGCCGCGGUUUCUGGAACAUACCGACCUGACAACCGACUGGUUGGUUGAUAUGAUGGUCGAGAAGAUUGCAGACAAAGAGGAAUGGAAUCGUUAUGUGGUAGUGCCACCAGUCCUCCAACAUAUCGGUGCGACAAGUUCGAAAGGUUAUGGAUUUGACAAGUCGGCAAAGACAAUCUGGAAUUUCAGAUACGAAGAGUAUCCCUAUUGA